ACUUCUUAAUAACUUUAUUGAAAAUGAUUGAACGUUAUACGGAUACGUCGGUAAUGUUCAAAUAGCGCCUAUUUGAUCUAGUUUACAUAGAUGACGUAGCGCUGUUUAUAAUUCCAUUGGAUCACCUUUUUCCCGCCCUAUUUCAUAGUUUCUCGACAAGUCAUUCGGUUAACCGUUAUCUUUAGAUAACCUCUCAUUUUCGAAAAAUCUACUGUGGAUUUGUUUAUAUACAAAUUAUAAUUUUUAUAUCGUUUAUAAUAAUAAAAUGGAGUUAUUGCAAGAUCCCAUUUUUAAAUCUAGAUAUCAGAAAUAUAAGCGCCGUGUGAAAUUAUGGGAAAGUGAUUUUAUGGAAAAAUAUGGACGUAAACCAACAAGGAAUGAUAUCAAGGAGGCCGAUAUUACGAUUAAGGAAGCAUAUAAAAUGUAUUGGAAAUUAAAAACUGAUGCAUUGGAGGAGACCCUAAUGGAUAUUACAUUUUCUGAAGAUACGGAAACGAAUAUUUCUGUUGUUGAGUCUUCUGUACGACAAGCUAUGGGAAAAACAGAAGAUAGAUCAUUAAUAAAUUCCAAUGAGAAAGAUAGCGAAAAUAUAGAUCCAACGAGUGCUACCUUGAUAGACGAGCCCGAAAUAAAAAAUCUUAAGGACGUAUGGAGCGACAAUAUUUGUAAAAAUGUGGAUUCUUCGUCUAGGAAGAAAAAACAAUUGUUGGUCGGUAAAUCGACUUCUUUUCAAUUAUCUCGUAAUAAAUUUACGUCUUCCAAUUUUACAAAAAGAAAUCCUCGAAAAUCAUUACCACAGACAAAAGUCAGAAAUAAUGUUAAAAAAGAUGAAACUCAUGACAAGUCGGAGACAAAACUUGACGUAAUUGAAGAGGAUACAAAUAAAAAGACUAAGACUAUUUUCGGUGACUCUGUAAAAAUAAUAAAUACAGAAUCGAAAGUCAAUAGUCAGUCUGUAAAUACGAUUCAUCAAUUGAUAGAGAAUCAAAUAAUUACGAUCAAUCGAAAUAUAAAUGAAGGAUGGUUAAAUAGAUGUGUGGAAGAAAAAAAUUCAGAUACAAGCUCUACUAUUUCUCAAAGACUUUCUAGUUUGAGUGACUCUGGUACCGAAUCAAUGGAAUCUAAUUCUCCGAAAGAUGUAAAAAAAUUAUCCAAUGAUAAAUCAUUACAAGUAUCAGACGAAGAAGAUUUUAUAUGUAAUAGUGAUACCGAAGAAGAUCAUAAGAAUAAACGUAUUAGAAAUUCUAAUAAAAAAUUGAAUGAUAUUGAUCGUGUUAUCAAGCGACCUUGCAUAGAAACUAAUAAUCUUUUAUCUAAUAAUCUGUUAAAAAUUAAUGAUGAUGAAGUCAAUGUAUUAACGUUGUGUAAUAUUGAAAUAAAUAAUGCUUCAAUGGAAUUAAGUUCACAAAGUAUUGAAAAAAAUAUAAAUGAAGAAAAAGAAAUAGCACAGAGUAUAGAUAUACCAAAUAAUAAGAAAAAUGACUCUAACACAGAUAAUUGUAUUAGUGAAGAUAUAUCUCCAAAGGAAAAAAAAUUAACAAGGAGAAGAGGAAGAACACAAAGAGUUAAGAAUAAAAAUGAUACAACGAAGAACGAUGAAAAAUCAAAUGAAACAAGACCUAAGAGACGUUCUAGAAAAAAACAAGUUAUAGACAAUGAGAAAAAUGAUGAAGAUUCAUUGUCAGCCAUAGAAAACACUGAUACGCCAAUAUAUGGUAUAGAAACUUUAGAAGCAGUGCCGCGCAUUGCGAUAUCUUCAUCUAAUACUGGAGAUUUGGUCGCCGAUUUUUCCAAUUCCGUUUCAUUAUUAGAUUCUGUUACAUCUGUUAAUUCUGUUACCAGUAAUUUGAAAGGAACAAAAACUGACAAAGAAAAAUUAGAACAAAAGGUUGCAACUGGAAACUUAAAUGAUAAUUUUAUUAGAGUAAAUUUAAAGAAAAAAAUUUUUGUACGUGGCAAAAAGUCAUUUAAUCUUUCGAAGUAUAAGAAAAAUCAAUGGAAACAAAAAAAGAAAGCUUUAGAAUCGAGCGAGGAAAAUCUCGACGUAAUUGAUUAUAUCGAAAAGAAUGGUAUGUCCUGUUUUAAAUGCGGUGGGACUGGACACUUUGCUCGUAAUUGUACAGCAUUGAAAACAAGUAAUUUAUUACCAUUGAUUGAGACUGAUGAGCUUGCACAGUAUCCAAGUUUAGAAGAGGCAGAAAAAAUGGCAAGUCAAAGUGCCCUUGUUGCGCAUAGUAAACAAAUUAAUAGGCUACCCGAAAAACCUUUGUAUGUCUCACAAAAAGAGGAAUUGCAAUUAAUAUACAAUGAUGAUGAAUAUAUUUUGGAUGAUGCUGAUAUUGCAGAGAUUAUGGAAGAAGAAGGAGGAGGAGGAGAAGAAGAAGAAGAAGAAGAAGAAGAAGAGAAAGAAAAGAAGGAGGAGAUGAAAGAAAUUUCUGGAGUGCAUAAAAUUCCUGACGAAUUACUAGCCAAAUUAUUACUCCCUGAAAUUAAAGUAUUAACUGCAUUAUAUCCACCGAAAGAAGAUCAAUCUCUUAUUAAUACACCUAAGGAAGUCUUUGAAGUUUUGCAUAUGUUUGGUCAUAACAGCUUUAGACCGGGACAAGAGAAAGCAAUAAUGAGAAUAUUAUCUGGUCAAUCGACGUUACUUACUUUGUCAACUGGUUCUGGAAAAUCUUUAUGUUAUCAAUUGCCAGCAUACUUAUAUUCCAAAUAUUCCACUUGCAUAACAUUAGUUAUUUCGCCAUUAGUAUCAUUAAUGGAUGAUCAAGUCACUGGCAUGCCAUCAUUUAUAUCUGCUGCUUGUUUGCAUACUAAUCAAACUCCUAAAGUAAGGGAUAACGUAAUGCGACUUGUAAAACAGUCGAAAAUACAAAUAUUACUUAUUUCGCCAGAAGCAGUAGUCGCUGGUGAAAAAUCAACUGGAUUUGGUGCUUUGCUUAGAGAACUUCCACCUAUAGCAUUUGCUUGUAUAGACGAAGCUCAUUGCAUAUCUCAAUGGUCUCAUAAUUUCCGUCCAUCGUAUCUUAUGAUUUGUCGUGUACUUAAAGAAAAAUUAGGGGUAAAAACAGUAUUGGGUCUAACUGCAACUGCUACUAAAUCCACUGCUGAAAGUAUAGUUCAUCAUUUGGAUAUCCAUGAUGGAAUGGCAGGCGUUAUAUCGGAUAUACCAUUACCUAACAAUCUAUUUUUAACUGUAUCAAGGGAUGAACAAAGGGAUAAUGCUUUAGUUAAACUCUUGUUAACUGAGAGAUUCAAAGAAUGUAAUUCUAUAAUUAUUUACUGCACACGUAGAGAAGAAUGUAUGCGAAUCGCAGGUCUUCUAAGAGUUUCCCUGCUGGAUUCACAACAAAUUACAAAAGCAAAUAGCAAAAUAUCGCAUAUAGCAGAGGCUUAUCAUGCAGGAUUAUCCUCUUAUCGUCGUAAAAUUGUACAGAAAGCUUUUAUGAAUGGACAAAUUAAAAUUGUGGUGGCAACUGUGGCAUUUGGUAUGGGUAUUAAUAAAUCAGAUAUUCGAUCUGUAAUACAUUAUAAUAUGCCAGCAACGUUUGAAGCAUACGUACAAGAGGUGGGAAGAGCUGGUAGAGAUGGAUUGACUGCACAAUGUCAUUUAUUCUUAAGUCCUGAGGAAAACAGUGACAAAUGGGAAUUGCGAAGACAUAUAUAUGCCAAUAGUAUAGAUAGGCAUACAAUCAGACGUUUGCUUGCAAAAGUUUUUAUACCUUGUUCAUGUGCACAGAUAAAUAAAAAAAUACCUACUAAAAGAUGUUCCGGUCAUGAAGUUGGUCUACCGAUCGAUGAAAUUGUUAGAACACUCGACAUUACAGAAGAAAUGAUUUUGACUCUCUUAUGUUAUUUGGAAUUGUAUCAUAAGAAAUUUCUUACAGUUCUUUCUUCUGUUUAUACAAUGGCCAAGGUCAGUAGUUAUAAUGGUCCUCAAGCACUUAAAUUGGCUGCACAAUCGUGUCCACCACUUGCAAUGGCAAUUGCAUUAGACUUAAAGAAAGGUAUUUCUCAUGAAAAAAGUACAACCAUAGAAUUCCCUGUUAUUGAUAUUGCCUCGAUUAUUGGCUGGGACAGUGGUGUGGUUAAAAAACAUCUCAAAGAUUUAGAAUGGAGAACAGUCGAUGGUAAAUCAAAACGUUCUGCUAUAUCGGUUCGUUACGAUACAUUAGGUUUAAGAGUUAAAGCUCAAGGUGAUUUAACUGAUACUGAAUUAGAUGAAGCUUUGGAUGUUUUGGUAUCUAGAACGCAAUCGCAAGAAGUUUCUUCCUUGCAACAACUUGAAUCUAUUAGUAUGUCACUUCAAAAAUUUAGCGUACCAAUAAUUAAUCAAUGUUCGAUUAUGUCUGAAGAAAUAAUAAAUAAAUCGGAGGAACUUAAAAAUACAAUACGAAAUUAUUUCAAAUCGGAUCACUUGACUAAUGAGACCAUUUGUAGACCACAGGUUAGAUUAUUGAACGAAGCACAAAUUGCUAAUGACGUACGUAGUUUGAUUUUGAGUUACAAAGAUAAUAAUUUUACUGGUCGUGCAGUGGCACGAAUCUUUCAUGGCAUACAAAGUCCAAAUUAUCCUGCCAUUGUCUGGAGUAAAUGUCGCUUUUGGAGGACAUAUAUAUCGUCUGAUUUUAAUGCGAUUUGUCAAAUAGCAACUAAAGAAAUUUUAGCGUUACGUUAGUUAAUACUUUUUUCAUGCAUUUCAUUUGUUUUGAUGACUGAGUAAAUUUAUUUUAUAUAUAUAUAUAUAUAUGUACACAUAUAUGUAGAAUAUUAACUCUCUAUUUUUUCAUUUUUUUU